UUGAUCGUUGUCUUCCUUUGUUCUACUUUUUGUGACAAUCGCAUUGAGGUGGAUCGAAAGCACACGUGUCCAUUGGUUUGACCAAGCAGAUCAUAUCCUGUGCAAAACUGGAGCGGACACGCGAACGAAAAGGGCCAUGAAAGAGAUAGAAGCCUGGAAGAGUGCUCUUGGUUCAUUGGCUUUCCUGUUAUCUGCGGGCACGUCAACGAUAUUAUCGUGCGAGGCUUUUUCCUUAUAUCCACAAGCGCGAUCGCGACCUUUUUCCAAUCCGCAUUAUGCGACCGUAGAAGCCGAUGCCGUCAAUGGCGCUUCCUCCGUCGCGGCACAAUCCUACGGGGCCGGUCAAAUCACGGUUCUGAAGGGUCUUGAUCCGGUCCGCAAGCGUCCAGGAAUGUAUAUUGGAUCCACAGGCCCAGACGGAUUGCACCACUUGGUCUGGGAAGUCGUGGAUAAUUGCGUCGACGAAGCCUUGGCGGGACACGCCACGUUUGUGACGACGACGAUCCACGCCGACGGGUCCUUGACCGUCACCGACGAUGGACGUGGCAUCCCGACCGAUCUGCAUUCCGAAACCGGCAAGUCGGCUCUGGAAACGGUGCUGACGGAACUGCAUGCCGGCGGAAAAUUCGAUAAUCAAGGUUCCAACAGUGGAUACAAAGUGUCGGGAGGAUUGCACGGCGUCGGUAUUUCGGUGGUGAACGCUUUGAGUGAGUUCGUCCACGUCAAGGUUGAUCGCACACCAGAGUUGUACCAGAUGCGCUUUGAACGGGGGGUACCAACGGGGCCACUACAGAACCUAGACAAGCUCAAAACUUUGUUAAGCAAACGUAAAUCUGGAACAUCUGUUACUUUCCUUCCCGAUCUUAAGGUGUUCAAGGGAGAUAACGGUAAACCGGAUAUCACAUUCGAUUCCUCUCGACUCAAAGGACGCAUGGACGAGAUUGCCUAUUUGAAUGCCGGUCUAGUUUUGACGCUUAAGGAUGAACGAAAGUCUCCAGGCCGUGGCCGUCUGCAAGUGUUUUAUCACGCCGGUGGCCUUGCCGAGUAUGCAGAAUUAUUGUGUCGGACCAAGACUCCACUCUUUCAGGGAACAACCUCCAGCAGAAAGAAAAAGCCCGCGAGAAAACAGAAAGAUUCGGCGUCCGACGAUGAUGCUUUGCGUUGGUCAUCGGAUAUGUAUGCGGAAUCGAUUCUCUCGUUUUGCAACAAUAUUCGUACUCGGGACGGGGGGUCGCAUGUGGAAGGCCUCAAAGCUUGCUUGACUCGAACAGUCAAUCAAGCAGCCAAACGUUCCAACAAAGCCAAAGAAGGGGCUGCCAAUCUACCCGGCGAGUUCAUUCGUGAGGGAUUGACAGCCAUUGUAUCAGUCUCGGUUUCUGAACCUGAAUUUGAGGGUCAGACCAAGGGACGCCUCGGAAAUCCGGAAGUACGGCCGGCUGUGGAUUCGUUGCUGAGUGCAGAACUGACAAAGCUUUUUGACUUCCGACCUGAAAUUCUGGACGCCAUUUACAACAAAGCGAGUUCCGCACAGGCAGCCGCGGCAGCCGCCAAGGCCGCUCGCGAUAUGGUCCGCCGUAAGACGCUGCUGACGUCUACGAUUCUACCCGGAAAGUUGGCGGAUUGUGCGUCCCGGGAUCCCGAAGAAUCAGAGAUUUUCAUUGUUGAGGGUGACUCGGCUGCAGGAAGCGCCAAACAAGGCCGAGAUCGACGAACGCAGGCUAUUUUGCCUUUACGAGGUAAGAUUCUGAAUAUUGAACGAGCAGCCACAGAACGUAUUUACCAAAACACAGAGCUGCAGGGAUUGAUUUCGGCCCUCGGAUUGGGAGUCAAGGGAUCUGAGUUUGAUCCUAAGUCUCUCCGAUAUGGUCGUAUUGUUAUUAUGACUGAUGCCGACGUGGACGGCGCUCAUAUUCGUGUCCUGCUAUUGACGUUCUUCUACCGCUACCAACGGGAGCUCGUGGAGAACGGCCAUGUUUACAUAGCACAGCCUCCUUUGUACAAAGUGAGUGUGGGAAGUGGCAGGUCAAGAAAAGAAGGGUACGCAUUCAACGAUACGGAAAGAAACACAGUAAUGAUGCAAGCGCUUGCGGCCGGGAAAGUUUCUUUGCAGCGCUUCAAAGGUCUAGGAGAGAUGAUGCCGGAGCAAUUAUGGUCCACGACAAUGGAUCCAGAGCGGAGAACGAUGCUUCAAGUUACUGUCAAUGAUGCAUCGAUGGCCGACCAGACACUGAGCAUUCUUAUGGGAGAUACUGUAGCCCCUCGGAAGGAAUUUAUCAGUACCCAAGCCGAGACGCUUAGAGUAGACGAUCUUGAUUUGUAG